AUGGACACCACAGACGUCCCUCGAAUGGGAAACCCAACACCCCACAGAGAUUCGUGGGGCUCUGCAUCGUCCACUUGCUCCCAUCUCGAAAUGUCUUUUUCUCAUGAUAGUUGCUAUGGCUCGGACGAAGUCUCAGUCACGUCCGCCGGUACCAAUCCUGCGCAAUCUAGCACCUCAACAUUUCCCGCCAAGCCACCACUUCAUCCUUUCUUGAAAUCUAUCCUCAAGAACUCCUCUACCGCCAUUGAAUCCGACGAAGAGUCGGACUCGGAGUCUGGGUACAGCUCCGAAGGUGAUUUCGAGUAUGAUGCGCUUUCCGACGAAGAAUAUGACGAUGAGGAUGAUGGGGAUGCAUCUGACUUCUCAAUCUGGGAUGAGACAUGUCGUGAUGCCCCCGAGACUCAUGAGGAUCACACCGAGUCUUUUGACGAUGCAUUCAUCUCCUUUGAAGAGAAUGCGGUGCGAUUUGCCGCCGAUGUGCAGUACAUUGACUCGACCGAAGUCUCCGACGACGAGGAGACUCUUGAUACCGAGAUGACGUGCCAUGAGAUGAUGCUGCUAGCUCUCAAGUCCAAGCCAGAACAUCCUCUGGAAGACUUCGACAGCAUGGAUAUCAAUGAUUCCGAUGACGAUGAGGAUCCACAUGAGUUCCUGAACAAAGUCGCCACUAGGCCAGAAGAGUUCUCACGCGAUGCCGUGGAGCUGGACAGAAGUCUUUUCGUUGCCUACAUCAAUGGCAUGCAUGGCAUUGCCGACAAGAACUUCCGGUCCUACCUUCGAACUCAGGUUGACCACAUUCGUCUAGGCCAGGAGGCGGACACCAUGGGUCCUGACGGAUCGUCCUCUUUGUAUCUUGACAUGAUCUCAAGCCACGUUAUCGGCACCUUUGGCAAUCUUCUCACUCCCGACGAGUUGAAUGAGUUGAUUCUCUUCCGUGCGGAAGAGGAGCCCAGCAAGACACAUCAUUCGGCCAUGGACCUGGACCACCACAAUGUACUCCUGGACCGAAUUGAGAAGAUCCUUCUGGAUAGACUCACCAAUGGUCGCGUUGAUGUUGGUCCCGAUGAACUCAGCUUCUUUGCCGGCGUGAUUGCCCACGACCUCGGCACCAAACCUCUGCCCGCGCAAACCUAA